AAUACAUAUAUUAGAGGCAAGCAGCUCCAGUUUCCUCGUUUUCGAAACCAAACGUUGACGAGGAAGGAGGAGGGCCAAUCUCUUGCUCUUUCCCAUUAUUGUUGAUGUCUAGGUUGGAUUCAGACCUAAUUUUAUAAUUUCUUUCUAAAACCUAGUCGAUCACUGAUUUUUGUUUUUUUGCUUGUUUCCUAGCUCCUCGACAAAACCCUAAUUUCCGGACACAAGGGAAGUGAGGAGUUUUUUUUUCUUGCAUGCAUAAGCAUAUGCAUUUGCGACGAGGUCGAUCAUUGAGAGGAAGUAGGGAGGAAGGGAUCGUGAAGAGUAGAUGCAUGUCGGUGGCAUAACGGUGGAUCUUAAUUUGCUCCUUCAACUGAUACUCACAGCGUUUUUGUUUGCGAGUGGGUUGCUAUAUCUGGUCAAGAAGACGGCGUCGAAGUACUUCGAGGUCGACGCCAAUUUCGACAGGAAUCAUCAAAGUUACGCUGCAAUCCCAGCGGUUGAGAUGGAAUCUGACUCUUGUGCUGCCUGCGGCCAACCCGCUAACAAGAAGUGCUCUCGCUGCAAAUCCGUUCGUUAUUGCUCAUCAACCUGCCAAAGUUCACACUGGCGUUCUGGGCAUAAGACAAAAUGCAAGGAAUAUAGUGCUCUCAACUCAACACCAUCGGUAAGAAUUGAUGUCAGAUCUAAAGGUUCUGGUACUGGUGGAAAAACCUUUUCUACAGUUGCACUUGUUCCUGCACGUGGGACUUCGAAGGUGGCAGGGAAGUUGAGAAAAGUCCUUUUCCCAUAUGAUGAAUUUGUCAAGUUUUUUAACUGGGACAAGCCAGGAUUUCUUCCCUGUGGGCUCUUAAAUUGUGGAAAUAGUUGCUUUGCCAAUGUGGUUUUACAAUGUCUUCUCUUCACGCGUCCACUUGUCGCAUACUUGCUGGAGAAAGGCCAUCGGAGAGAGUGCAGACGGAAUGACUGGUGCUUCCUAUGUGAAUUUCAAACCCUUGUUGAAAGAGCAAGCCAAAGUCCCCAACCAUUUUCACCAAUCAACAUUCUUUCCCGAUUAACUAAUAUUGGUGGUAGUCUUGGGUAUGGAAGACAAGAGGACGCUCAUGAGUUUAUGAGGUUUGCCAUCGAUACAAUGCAAUCAGUUUGCCUUGAUGAAUUUGGUGGAGAAAAAGCUAUCCCUUCUAGUUCUCAAGAGACAACACUUAUUCAACAUACAUUUGGUGGACAUCUUCAAUCUCAGGUGAUAUGUACAAAUUGCAAUAAGAUUUCAAACCAAUACGAAAAUAUGAUGGAUCUGACUGUUGAAAUACAUGGAGAUGCUGCAUCAUUGGAGGAAUGCCUUGAUCAGUUCACAGCAAAAGAGUGGCUUCAUGGUGACAAUAUGUAUAAAUGUGACGGGUAUGCUUAUUUCUAUCUUUCCGUAAAGCUCAAAACUUUCUGUACAUUAGUUCAUAGUUCACCCUCAUUGAAUGUGAGAUUUUAGAUGCAGUCCUUAUUA